AUGUCUAACCUCAAGCGCAUCCUCAUCACUGGUGCAACAGGGAAGCAAGGCGGAGCCCUCCUGUCCGCCCUACUCAGCUCUCCACCAAAACAGCCCUUUCAUCUAGUGGCACUGACACGAAAUCCAAGCAGCCCGAAAGCUCAAGCCCUCGCACGCGAACCUAACGUCAGCGUCUUACAAGGCGACCUGAACGAUUGCGAAGCCAUCUUCAAGUCCUCACCAGUACCAUUCCAUGGGGUCUUCAGCGUCCAAGUGCCCCUGAGGCCAAAGGUGGAGGAACAGCAGGGCAAAGCCCUUGUCGACGCAGCAGUCACCAAUGGCGUUCGUCAUUUCGUAUAUACCUCUGCAGAUCGAGGUGGUCCGGAGCGAUCGGACGUGGACAAAACCGCUGUCAAGCACUUUGCUUCGAAGUUCAACAUCGAAAACCAUCUCCGGGACGUAUCGAAACAUGCCGACGGAAAGAUGCAGUGGACUAUUAUCCGGCCGGUAGCAUUCAUGGAGAAUUUGACGCCGGAUUUCCUCGGACGAGCCUUCGCAACGAUGUGGCAGCUGAACGGUCUAGAUAGCAAGUUACAACUGGUAUCUGCCGCUGACAUCGGCAUCCUUGCUGCGGAUAUAUUCGAAAACCCAGGCUCAUAUUCAGGUCGCGCCAUCUCCUUUGCUACCGAUGAGCUCACGGCACAGGAAGCCAACGAUGCCUUUUCGAAAGUCGUUGGAACUGACAUGCCUACAACAUAUCCCGUUCUGGGCAGGCUCAUCAAGUUCCUGCUUCGUGAACAGCUUGGUGUCAUGUUUGAUUGGUUCAAGUCUGCCGGCUUUGGCGCAAAUCCGAAGGAGUUCAGGGACAAGUUUCCCGAGAUGCAGGACUUCGAAAAAUGGUUGAGGCAGUCAAGUGGAUUCAAAAGGCAGACGGCUUAA